AUGGCGACUUCGACCCUCACCAAGGAGCAGUACCCGCCCCGGCUGUCUCAGUCGGAGCAGGACGCCCUCGUACAAACCGUGAAGGAUUGGGCCAUUGGCAACGGCCUAUCCGUCCGACCACCUCCCGCCGUUGUCCCGGCCGAAUCGGACCCCAAGGGCAUUCUGGCCGUCAACGUGCCGGUGACGCUCUUCCCCAGUCCAUUUCCUCGGUCAUGCUUCGAGCAGGCCAGGUCUGUUCAGAAAACUUAUAACGAACUUUACGGCUCCAUCAGCAGAGAUGAAGACUUCCUCGGUGCAAUGGUGAACGAAGUCAAGGGUGGCGACGACUUCAUCAGUAAGCUGUGGGAUACUCACGUACGAGUGAAGAAGGAGGGAUACACCCAGAGCCUGUCCCUGGGACUGUUCAGGUCGGACUACCUCGUCCACCAAGACGCCUCUUCGGGCGAGCCCAAGCGCCAGGUGAAGCAAGUCGAGUUCAACACGAUAGCCUCGUCCUUUGGCGGCCUUUCAUCCCGCACCUCGCUCCUCCACAAGUUCCUCUCCGUGGCGGAGUACCCUCUCCUGGACCGUCCCAUUGAGACUGGCUCCCUCGACUUGCCCGAGAACAAGAGCGUGGAGGGCCUCGCCGGUGGCAUCCGCGCCGCCUUCGAGGCCUACGGCCCCUCGGAGCUCGGCCACAGGAAGUGCGUCAUCUUUGUCGUCCAGGGCGGCGAGAGGAACAUCUUUGACCAGCGCCACCUCGAGUACGCCCUUGCCAGCUCCCCCGACGACCCCGUCCCCGUCUUCCGCGUGCCCUGCUCCGAGCUCCUGCGGCACACCGAGGUAGCCGCGACGGCCAAGCGGCAGCUGCUCUACAAGCUGCCCCGCGACCCGUCCAAGGUCUUCGAGGUCGCCGUCGCCUACCUGCGGUGCUGGUACGACCCGUCCGACUACCCGGACGAGAGCUCCUGGGAGGCCCGUUACCACCUCGAGCGGUCGGCGGCCAUCAAGUGCCCGACUGUCCUGACGCAGCUCGCGGGCAGCAAGAAGAUACAGCAGGUUCUGGCCACGCCGAGGUCGGGGUCGUCGCCUUCGGUGUUGGGCCGGUUCAUCCCCGACGACGCGCCCCAGACGGCGGAAGUCUUCCAGACAUUCACAAACAUCUUCCCCAUGGACACGUCCGAGGCCGGUCUCAGGGCACGGGGGAUCGCCCAGGACCCGGAGCUCUGCAAGAACUACGUGCUGAAGCCGCAGAGGGAGGGCGGCGGCAACAACCACUACCGCGAGGACAUCCCCGCGUUCCUCAAGAAGACCCCCGAGACGCACUGGGGCUCGUACAUCCUGAUGGAGCUCAUCACCCCGCCCAAGCAGGACAACAUCAUCCUCCGGAACGGCAACCUCGAGGAGGGCGGCGUCAUCUGCGAGCUUGGUAUUUACGGCACGACGGUCUGGAACCAGGGCACCGGGGAGGUCCUUCACAACGAGGAGGCGGGCUAUCUGCUUCGGACCAAGGGCGACACCAGCAACGAAGGCGGUGUCGCUGCCGGGUUCGGCUGCAUGGACAGCUGCACACUUGUCUGA